CGCAGCAGGACGGUGACAAUGGCCGAUAUUUCUCUGUAUCUCACUACCGUGAACGUGUCGAUAGGACAGAACAUGGCUGUGGAGCAGAGCCCGAAGGACUUUGAGUGUGUGGAGCUGGGGGAGCAGGAGAAGAGAGAGGAGGAGCAGCAGCAGAGGGAGAAGGUCCCUCGCAGGAUCAUCCACUUCUCCAGCGGGGAGACCAUGGAGGAGUACAGCACGGACGAGGAGGACGCCGAGGACCAGGAGCCGGAGAGGAAGGACCUGCUGUCCUCCCCGGUCGAUGCGGUGAGGGCCAAGAUGACCUGGGGUCCGUACUUCUGGUUCCACAUGUGGAGAGCGGCUACGUCCACUGUCUCAGCAUGUGACUACCUUGGCGAGAGGAUGGCCUCCCUCUUUGGGAUCACCUCAGCCAAAUACCAGUACGCCAUCGACGAAUACUACAGGAUGAAGAAAGAGAGGGAGGAAGACAAAGAGGAAAACCGAUUGUCAGAAGAAGCAGAUCGAACCUUCGACCAUCUACAAUCUCAGGAGGACGAGGACGAGCCCAUCGCCGUGUCAGAGCGAGCCGGGGCGUCCGCCGCUCGCCUUGACGUGACCUAUCGGAUCGAGGAUGAAAACCAGGUACCGCCAAUCACCAUCAGAGUCCCAGCACUCGUCACGGCGACCUAACCAUCCCCAGGGGGAAAGGACGUUUGAGCUUUAAUGUCUGUCUUUUUGUUAAAGAAGGACCACUGUCUUGUUUCACCGAGCACCGUUUGGUUUGUGUGUCGACGCAGCUUUAGAUGGGCAGUGCUGCUGUGUGGUGGUUGAUUGGCAAGGACUGUAGAGGCGGUGGAAGUGUCCCUAUGCAACAGCGUAGCAACUGAUAAAGUAACCGCUGGAUAAUUAUCAAGAGGUGUGAUAUUAAAAACAAACAGUACGAGCCAGGAAAUUAAAUAAAAUGUUCCAGUUUAUCUGCUCGAGAAAACCGUUUUCCAUUUCAGGCCCCUCGCAACAUUAUUCAACACUUUAUUAGCUGCAGCAGCGUCCCGGAUCUGAACGCCCGCUGUGGAGUGAAGGUUAUACGUUGCUCCCCUGUGCCUCAGAUGGACCGGACACUGUGCCUAAAUCACCAAUACAGCCAAGUCAGUGCCAGAUCUAGACUAACAUAUAUUUGAAGAUCAUUUUAAGUGAUUCAAUAUGUAAAAUAGCCUUCGAUUUAGCGCGCAGAAUCAGAUUUGGAUGAAAUUGUUCAAAUAUCCGUGCGGUUUUGUCCCGAUCUGUUCAAAACAGUGUGGUCCUGAUCCACCUGGCUGCACUAAAGAGCUGGCUACUUUAACACGCCCUCACCUGUUUGAUUGUAGUCUGUAUUAAUGUUCAUUAAGCUCUUAUUGCACUCAAUGUCUGUGGAAGCACUGAGCAGAUUUAGCCUUGGUUACUACUGACGUUUUGUUAAAAAAAACAAUGAAAACGGGUUUAAAUGUCCUGUUCUUUGUUGCUCUAACUGUCUGCCUCAUCUGCUACACAUUCAAAACAUGUAAUAGUAGAUGAGGUGUGAAGAUCUUUGAUAAUGGCAGGGAGCAUUGUUACACUAAGUCUGUAUCCAGACAUGCAAAGCUACAUUUUUAACAGUUUUUAGUACGAUUUUUGAUAUUUAUGUAUUUAUUUUACCAAACUGAUUGCACUUAAU